AUGACAUCACCUCUCUCCUCUCUGGGAAAGAUUCGCAAAAUGCCACUUCAGCUGGAGUCAGAAGGAAAAAGGGCAGUGCCAUUCAAAGAGAAUUUCCAGACGGAAGAUGAAAACGCUAUGAUAGAUGAAAUCCUGGGGCCAGGAGCUCAAAUUCCAGUACAAGUCAAUGUGCCUUCCUGCUCAGAUGGAGUGACAGCAAAUCCAGCUGCACUUGGACCUGCUCCCACAGACAUGGAGCUGAUGGCCUCCAUGAUGCAGAAGAUUGCUUCUUUGGAGCACAUGGUCAAAACUCAAGCACAAGCGAUCCACCAGAAGAAUAGGAAAAUCAAAGAGUUUGAGAAGCAGAUAAAAAUCCUUCAGAAAGCAAAAGAAACUUCAGGACUGAGCAGAGCUAAGGAGCUGGAAGUGAUAUGCCUUCAGCUGCAACAUCAGAUUUGGGAAAUGGAGGAAUUUCUGAAUGACUAUGGAUUGAUCUGGGUUGGAAAAGGGACAUAUUCCCUAGAAGAGGUGGAAGCACCAAAGCAAGAGGAGAAUGCUCCAUCACAGACUCUCUGGAAGCCGGGUGAUGCCAUCAUUUCAGAACCUUCAAUCAAUUUUGAUCUAAUUUUCGAAAAUCUGAAAGAUCUAAAUGCACUGGCUGGGGAGGGCAUGUCCAAAAUCGAACACACCUCAGGGGGUGCUCGUCUGAGGCAAAUGGACUCAGUCCCCCUCACUUUCUAUCGGAAUGGAAUUGUCAUGUUCAACGGACCCUUCCGGUCCUAUGAAGAACCUUCCACACAGCAAUGCCUGCGUGACCUCAUGGAUGGCUAUUUUCCUUCUGAGCUACAGAGAUACUUCCCUGAUGGGGUCCCAUUUCAGGUCACUGACAAGAGAGACGUCCUCUUCCAAGAAAGGCAACUGCCAGCAGUUUUUUCCGGCAAGGGGCAUAUCAUUGGCCAUUCCGAGCCAAGCGGAGGCAAGGAGACAAAUGUGAUCCCAGGUCCCAAGCUCACCGCAGAGCAGUUUCUGAGCAAGCUUCCACCGUCACUGAUCCGAGAUGGGCACGUGAUUGACGUCCGGGAAGAAGUCAAACAAACCCUGCAGGGCUCCAGUGGAGCACCAAGCCAUGAAGUGGUCCUGGUGGAGACGCCCAGCCUUGUGGCGAUGAGAAACAGGUUGGGGCAGGAGAAGAAAAAGGACCCUUCUGAGCCCAGUGUUGCGACUCUGCGGAUAAAGUCAGAGAACGGGGAGAAGACAUACAUCAUCAAAAUGCUGUUUUCAGAAACUGUUGGAGACCUGCGUCAGCACCUUGCUCAGAGCAGGGGAAGAGAGGUGGAACCGUAUGAGAUCCUCAGCACUUUCCCCAUCCGGGUGUAUAAUGAUGACUCUAUGACCCUGGAGGAAUGUGGGCUGGUCCCCAAUGCCUCCCUUCUGCUGCGGAAAAAGGGCCCUUUGGCAAAAUCACAGGGCACCGACUGUAUUGGCUCACAGUGAAUGUUUCAUCAGGCUCGGCUGCCACACA